AUGAAGCUGCCGAGCUCUAAUCGUGUAGAUAAUGUAUAUCUGCGUAGCCUGUGAUUUACACCUGCGAGGAUCUAAUGCAAAGCAAUACAAACAGUUCUCUAAAAGCCAUAAACCUGUACGGUUAUCUGAUGCACAGACGCUUUAUUUGCACAAUCAAAGCGACAUCUAGAUUAUAUUAGAACAUUCACUGAACGGAGAUUGUGUUUAUUUUCUUCUGAUCGGGACUGGUGGAGCUUGCACCGGGCCUUCAUGCAGUAAUGGAGCAGCUAUUAUUUCUUGUAAUUUUCUACUUGCUUCCUACUCUCAUCUUGUCCAUACAUAAUUCAACGACCGGAGGAUGUGCAAUCAUUCGUCCCCCCAGAGAUGGAGGGAUACGCUACAGAGGAUUGACUCAGGAACAGAUUCGCAGUGUGCAGAUCUUGCCGCUGGACUAUGAGAUAGAAUAUAUCUGUAGAGGAAGCAGAAUUAUUGUAGGGCCUAAGGUCCGAAAGUGCCUUGCCAAUGGCACCUGGACUGACAUAAACCAGCUCAGCAGAUGCUUAUUGGUUUGCCCGCGGUCGUGGAUGUCUCUUGAGAACGGGAGGGUGGCGCUGCAGCCUCAUGGACAACCAGUAGAGGGCACAGUUCUUCACUACAACUGCCAUGCAGGCUUCCUAUUGGAAGGUUUCAACAUCUCUCACUGCACUAAACUCGGCAAAUGGGAUUCACCUAAACCAUUUUGUGUGUAUGACAGGAACUAUACAGGCAAGAAAAAACUCUACAUCGGAGCUCUGUUCCCCAUGAGUGGAGGAUGGCCCGGUGGUCAAGCGUGUCUCCCCGCAGCUCAGAUGGCGUUAGAUCUCGUGAACAACCGGAGCGACAUUCUGCCGGACUACGAGCUGGAGCUCAUUCAUUACGACAGUAUGUGCGAUCCAGGAGAGGCCACUAAGCUGCUGUAUGACCUACUGUACACAGAGCCAAUAAAGAUCGUCCUGAUGCCAGGCUGCAGCUCUGUUUCUACGCUUGUGGCAGAGGCAGCACGCAUGUGGAACCUCAUAGUGUUCUCGUACGGCUCUAGUUCUCCAGCUUUAUCUAACCGACAGCGUUUCCCCACUUUCUUCCGCACGCACCCCUCAGCAACUCUUCAUAAUCCUACCCGUGUGCGGCUCUUCCAGAAGUGGGGAUGGACAAAGAUCGCUACAAUCCAGCAGACCACUGAAGUCUUUACCUCGACGUUGGAUGAUUUGGAAGAGCGAGUGAAGGAGGCUGGCAUUGAGAUAAGCGUGAGACAGAGCUUCCUCACUGAUCCCGCGGUGGCUGUCAAAAACCUGAAGCGACAAGAUGCUAGAAUCAUCGUCGGCCUCUUUUACGAGACGGAAGCCAGGAAGGUGUUUUGCGAGGUUUUCAAAGAGAAACUCUAUGGUAAGAAGUACGUUUGGUUCCUCAUCGGCUGGUACGCAGACAACUGGUUUAAGAUCAAGGAUCCAGCUAUCAACUGCACAGUGGAGAACAUGACGGAAGCCGUGGAAGGACAUGUCACCACUGAAAUUGUCAUGCUAAACCCGGAGACUGUCCGCGGUGCCUCCAACCUGACAUCCCAAGAGUUCCAGGCCCAGCUGAUGUCACGUCUCGGGGGGAAGAACCCAGAAGAAACUGGGGGCUUUCAGGAAGCUCCACUGGCAUAUGAUGCUGUCUGGGCCCUCGCAUUGGCCUUAAAUAAAACCGUGGCCCCUUUGAGGGCCAAAGGCUGGGCAUUGGAGGACUUCAACUAUAACAACAAGGAAAUCACUGCUGAGAUAUACCGAGCCCUCAACACAAGCUCGUUUGAAGGAGUCUCUGGUCAUGUCGUGUUUGACGCUCAGGGUUCCCGAAUGGCCUGGACUCUUAUUGAGCAACUGCAAGGUGGCAGCUACAAGAAGAUUGGAUACUAUGACAGCACAAAAGGCAACCUUUCCUGGUAUGGAAACGAUAAAUGGAUCGGCCUCGGUCCUCCGGCAGAUCAGACCAAGGUUAUUGAGGAGUUCCGUUAUCUUUCCCAGAAGCUCUUUGUGUCUGUGUCUGUCUUUGCCGGUCUGGGAAUACUUCUAGGCAUAGGUUGCCUUUCGUUCAACAUAUACAACAGCAGCGUCAGGUACAUUCAGAACUCUCAGCCCUAUCUGAACAAUAUGACCGCAGUGGGUUGUGUACUGUCGUUGGCUGCUGUCUUUCCCCUGGGCAUCGACGGACUUCAUGUCCAUAGAUCACAAUUCCCUGUUGUGUGUCAGUUUCGCCUGUGGCUACUAGGUCUCGGCUUCAGUUUAGCCUAUGGCAGCAUGUUUACCAAGAUCUGGUGGGUUCACACUGUCUUCACCAAGAAAGUUGAGAAGAAAGAGAAAAGGAAGCACUUGGAGCCAUGGAAGCUAUAUGCAACUGUUGCAGUUCUGCUGGUGAUUGAUGUACUCUCUCUGCUUAUCUGGCAAAUUGUGGACCCAUUGCACAUCACUGUGGAGAAGUUCACAAAAGAGGCUCCUAAAGAAGAUCUAGAUGUGUUGAUUCAGCCUCUUCUGGAGCACUGCAGCUCAGAGAAGAUGAACACAUGGCUUGGUGUGGUAUAUGGCUACAAGGGACUUUUGCUGCUGCUGGGGAUCUUUCUGGCCUACGAGACAAAGUCGAUCUCCACAGAGAAGAUUAAUGACCAUAGAGCGGUUGGCAUGGCCAUCUACAAUGUAGCUGUUCUGUGUAUGAUUACUGCUCCGGUGACCAUGAUCCUCUCCUCUCAGCAGGAUGCUUCAUUUGCUUUUGCCUCCCUGGCCAUCAUUUUCUCUGUCUACAUCACCCUCGUGGUGCUUUUUGUACCUAAGAUACGGCGUUUGAUCACUCGUGGCGAAUGGCAGUCAGAGCAGCAGGACACGCUUAAAACCGGCUCGUCCACCAACAACAACGACGAAGAGAAAUCACGCCAACUGGAGCACGAGAAUAGGGAACUCCAGAAGAUCAUUCAAGAGAAGGAAGAAAGAGUGACAGAACUACGAAGUCAACUUGCAGAACGUCAGGCCUUGCGUUCACGUAAGCGCCCAUCCGUCCAGAAUCAGAACCAGAACCACAGCAUCCCGCCGUCUCAGGCGGACCCCCCGAGCUACUCCCCCGCUACAGACAAACAAUCUCUGCCACUGUCCUUCUCAAAUUCCUCCAACCUGUACCAGGGCGAAGGCAAACUGAGCCGAAAUAACUGCCACAACAGCCGUUUGCCCCUGUUGUAUAAAUGAUCCAGGUGUUCUGGAUGGUGAAAAUAUCUAGUAACCUGUAGUUUAAGGAUGCUCUCUUUAUUUCUAAAUUGGCAGGUUUAUGACUCAACGUUUGGCUUCCUGACCUUCCAUGACAUUCCUAUUUGUUUAUUUUUGAUAGCUCCAGAAUUCUGGACAUAUUAUUUAAAAUGUUUACACUGUAUUUAAAUGACUCGAAAUUUACUUUUUCCACUCCAACUAUAGGGUAUGGACAAUUCUGUGUUGCACAGUCAACAAGUCAACUAAUGCAGUGCUUUCAGGUGAAUACAAUUACUUUUAAAUAACUAAUGAUGUCAGAAAACAACUAAAAUAUUCCUGUCCAUUAAGCUUUCUAACUUUCCUUGUGGUCUGGAUGGUGCUAACUCAAAGGUAAAGGAUCUGAACUGCUGUUUGAAUGCUUAGAAGUUUUGAGUAGGAGUAAGUCCAAAAGAGAAGAGUUAUUUAAAUCCUAUUUGCGUUUUGUCAUUAUUGUGCCCUUGAUCUUAACACUUAUAUAUAUAUAUAUAUAUAUAAUUUUGGCAAGGAGGAGGGCAGGGCGGGGCCGUGAUGACGCACGCCCUGCCCCUAAUCAGGCUAAUCAAACCGACGUAAGGAAUUGGCUGUGUCUCGUUUGGAAGGCUGCAUGCUAGGUAGGAUGCGUCCUAACAAGGCUGCAGUAUACCGAGCAUCCUCCUUUAAACAAGCCUCGUUUAAACGAGAUGGCCUUCGUAGGACAAACGGAAACGUAAUGUAACAUGGUUGCUAUGACAGCACGCCACUCUUUAACAAGCGUGAGCGCUUUGAGUGAGAAGGGAACAAAAUCCCUCUGGAAGGGAAUGUAUGAGGUACAUUUUAGGAGAGUUAUAAUGAUGUAAAAUAAAAAUAGAAUUUACAGGUGUACUUUUAGUCUAAUACUUUAUUUUAAUUAUAUAUUAAUAUAAUUAUACAUAUUAUAUACUCUGCACCCAUCUACUGAGGUACUGCAACUUGGGAAUUAACAUUACUUGCAUUUGAACAUCAUAUUUACGGGCAAAUUGGCGUCAUUUUUUUUUAGACAUUUUCGUUGAAGCAAAGAAUUGUGGGUUGUGAGUGCCCAUUCUCCGAAUUCCCAUGAAAGAAGGUCACAUUCGAAGGCUGCAUUCAAAGUGUCCUACUCGCUUUUCUGAAACAAGAAAGCCUCGAUGACGUAUGUGGCCGACAAAUGCGACCUCCGUAGGACGCAGCCUUCCAAACGAGACACAGCCAAAGGCCGCCGGAGGCGGCAGCCUUUAUCCCUCUCGUCGGCUUGAUUAGCCUGAUUAGGUGUGUCAUCACGGCUCGGCCCCACCCUCCUCCUUGCCACAUUAAUAUAUAUAUAUAUAUAUAUAUAUAUAUAUAUAUAUUUAUACUUGUCACUGUUGCCGAGUUCUGGCAGUGGAAAGUUGUCUCCAGAAACUAGCUGUCUGACUUUGUUUUCUUAUCCCAAAUUCAAGAGCAUUACUUGGUCUGUGAAAUACAAUAUUUUUUCAUGCCUGUUUGUUUGUUUAUUACAUAUAAUUUUUUUUAUCAUUUACAGAUAGUUUUAAAAGUCAUUUUGUGCCUCUUACAAAUCGUAGUAGACAAAUGAGUCCUCUACACAAUUGUUGCGUUGUAUAAUUGGCAAAUGUUCACAAUUAUACUUUUUUGUAAAAUGUUUUCAAUCAUAUUUAUGCCAUUCUGUGACAUUUUAACAUGUAAAUCUUAUCUCUGGAAGAUUUCCAAUUCCCAAUCCUCUAACAGGUAUGUCAUAAACACUGGCACAAAUCAUAUACAACAGUAUAACCAUCAUAACAGGUUCUUCUAUGAAAAAAAUGAUUGACUCUCUUCUCCUUUUGCAAUUAAAAGUUGGGUCAAUUCUAAAGAUUUUGUACUUGUUGACAAUCACUAUGUAUAUUUACAUUACCUGCAAUAUUAUAUCAUAUUAAUUUUAUAUGAUAAGACAAUCACAUUAUACUUUAAUGUUUACACAGUAAUACAAUAUUUGGAGUUUUUAAACAUAUAGUUCAUCCAUAAAUGACAAUGGUCUCAUCAUGCUAUCCCAGAUGUGUAAGACUUUUUCUUGUCUGCUGAGCACAAAUGAAGAUUUUUAGGAAAAUAUCAUAGCUCUGUUGGUCCGUUCAAUGCAAGUCAAUGGUGCCAAUAAUUUGAGCACAUAAAAAGUAAUCCAUAAACCAUAAAUCCACAUCUUCAGAAGCGAUAUGAUAGGUGUGGAUGAGAAACAGAUCAAUAUUUAAGUCCUUUUUUACUAUAAAUUCUCCUCCCUUCCCAGUAGGUGACAAUUUGCAUGAAGAAUGUGAAUCGCCAAAAACAAAAGAAGAAUGUGAAAGUGAAAGUGGAGAUUUAUGUUUUUAAAAAAAGGGCUAAAUAUUGACCUGUUUCUCAUCCACACCUAUCAAAAUGCAAAACGCUUCUGAAGACAUAAAUUAAACCACUGAAUUUCUUUUAUGCUGACUUUAUGUACUUUUUGGACUUUCAAAGUUUUGGUCACCAUUCACUUGCAUUGUAUGGACCUACAGAGCUGAGAUAUUUUUCUAAAAAAUGUUUGAGUUCAGCAGAAAAAAUAAAUCAUACACAUCUGGGAUGGCAUGAGGGUGAGGAAAUCUUGAGGAAUUUUCAUUUCUGAGUGAACUAUUCCUCUAAUUACAGAUAGUAUGUGUACAUUGUUGCAUGUUUCAUUCUUGUAUCCUUAUCAUUGAAAAGUAUUCAUGUAUAAACUAUCAAGUAACAAGCAAUGAUUCACAGCUGGCGAGUUCGACAGCUAAGCAUAGUACAGCAAACUGUUUUCCUUCUAGUAUAUAAGCAUUCUAGUAAUGUAGCUCAGGGUGUGUGACUACUGUAACACUUGGCACACGGUAAAGGGAAAAUCUGUAAUUACUGAAACAGUGCCUUUUGAACUGAUGGGAGUAGUUUUGCCUUUGUAAACAUCUGAGUGGAGUCACUGCUGACAAAUAUGGUAGAGUUGUUAUUAUUCGAAAGGCUUCUAUUUUUCUAAAUUACGGAUUUCCCUUUUAAAUGUACUGUUUAAUUGUUGUGUGUGUGUGUGUGCACUACACAAGGAAUUUUUGUAAGACUUCCAAUUGUGUAAAUCAUAUGAAUUCCUUUGUCAUUUUGAAAGAAAUGAGCCUGUAUGUAUGUAUGUAUGUAUGUUAAGCUUUAGAAAGUUUCUCUAAAUAUGCAAACUUUCUGGAUGUCAACAUUCAAUAAACUAAUUAUUUUGC